AUGGCCUCCAACUUUAACGAUAUAGUCAAGCAGGGCUACGUGAAAAUCCGUAGCAGGAAGCUGGGGAUUUUCAGGCGUUGUUGGUUGGUUUUCAAGAAGGCUUCCAGUAAAGGACCCAGGAGACUAGAAAAAUUUCCAGAUGAGAAAGCUGCAUAUUUCAGGAACUUUCACAAGGUAACUGAGCUGCACAAUAUCAAAAACAUAACUAGAUUGCCUCGAGAGACAAAGAAGCAUGCAGUGGCAAUUAUCUUUCAUGAUGAGACGUCAAAGACAUUUGCGUGUGAGUCAGAGCUAGAGGCGGAGGAAUGGUGCAAACAUCUCUGCAUGGAGUGUCUAGGAACCAGGCUCAAUGAUAUAAGUCUUGGGGAGCCAGAUUUGCUCGCUGCUGGAGUCCAGAGAGAACAAAAUGAACGAUUCAAUGUAUAUCUUAUGCCUACACCAAAUUUAGAUAUCUAUGGGGAAUGUACAAUGCAGAUCACACAUGAAAACAUCUAUCUCUGGGACAUCCACAAUGCCAAGGUCAAGUUGGUCAUGUGGCCUCUGAGCUCUUUGAGGAGAUACGGUCGUGACUCAACAUGGUUCACAUUUGAGUCUGGAAGGAUGUGUGACACAGGAGAAGGGCUGUUCACCUUUCAAACACGAGAAGGAGAAAUGAUAUAUCAGAAAGUCCAUUCUGCAACACUGGCAAUAGCAGAGCAACAUGAAAGAUUAAUGAUGGAGAUGGAGCAGAAGGCAAGGCUCCAGACCAGUCUGUCUGAACCAAUGACAUUAUCGAAGUCAAUCUCACUUCCUCGUAGUGCGUAUUGGCAUCACAUCACCCGGCAGAACAGUGUUGGAGAAAUCUACAGUUUACAAGGUCACAGCCUCAGCUCAACGAAAGUGUCCCGGGCGCAGACAUUUCCCAGCUACCAGGAGGAGCAGGGUGAGGAGCACCAGCAGUCCCUCUCACUGGCCAGCAGCUACACCUUCAGCUAUGGCUCAGGCCUGGUACAAUGA